AUGUUACAAAAGCUUACGGCAGAAUUAUACUCACUGUUUGAUUCCGAGCAAUACGAUAAAUGUCAAGCAUUAUUAGUCCCUAUUAAAAUUGAGUUAAUUAAACAUGGACUUCUUAUUCCAAAGGUUACCAAUACUUCAACCAAAGAUCAAAUUAAUGAUUUAAAGAUUGCUCAACGAAUUCUUGAGAUUGGUGCAUUGUCAUCAUUAUUAACUAACAAUUAUCAAGGAUUUGAGAAUUAUUUUGCUCAAUUACGUCCAUUUUAUACUUGUAAUGGUUUACAUAAACGUAAACAUAUUAAUACUGAUGCUACUAAGAUUAUUUCAUUAUAUUUAUUAUAUUUAUUAAGUCAAGGAUUAAUUAGUAAGUUCCAUAUUGAAUUAGAAUUGAUUUAUAAUUCACCCCAAUAUGAUGUUGAACAAGAUAAAUAUUUGUUAUUUCCAAUCAAUUUAGAAAGUAAUUUAAUGGAAGGUAAUUAUAUUAAGAUUUGGAAAUUAUUAAAAGAAGAAAAGAAUUUACCAUGUAAAGAAUAUAUUCAUUUUAUUGAUACGUUAAUUACUGCAUUAAGAUUUGAAAUUGCUAAAUCCUUGGAGAAGACUUAUGAAUCAAUUCCAAUUUCAAAUUGUAAGAAUUUAUUAUAUUUACCUCAAGAACAAUCAGAUUCAUCAUUUGAAAAAUUGUUAAGAGAAACUUUAGAAGUUGAUAAUUGGAAGUUUGAAAAUGGUAUAAUCUAUUUCACUAAGAAUGAAACUGAAUUAAAUGUUGAUAAUGAAUCAGUAAUUAAAAAUGUAUUAGGAUAUGCUGAACAAAUAGAAUCUAUUGUAUAA